CCUGCGGUUCCCGUGGCAACGCCAGUCUUCGGCCAGAAGGGGCCGCGGAGGCGGUGACACUUGCUGGCCCCGGAUUUAGAGCCGAGCGACUUAGAACCGGGCGAGGCCGGGCGGCGGGUUAGGCUGCCUGCCCGGCCAUGCCUCGCGGCCCGCGGCGUCCACUCUGGCUCCUGCCCCUGCUGCUACUGCCGCUCGCGGGUGCGUUGGGUCGUCGCGGCCCCGCCGGGCCGAGCGAGGAGGCGGAGGAGGCAGGCUCGCGACGGGCCUGGCCGGCCUUCCAGGGUCUGCAGGAGCGGCUGAGGGCGGCCGGCGCCCUCCCCAGACGGUACUGGACGCUCUUCAGCUGCCGCGUGUGGCCCGAGACCUGUGACCAGGACGAGGAGGCCUCCCCGCGGCCCCUAGGCUGGAGCCUCCCCCUGUUGGGCCAGCAGUACCUGGAUAUCCUGACCACGUGGUACUGCAGCUUACAGGACUGCUGUGACGGUGGGGAUUGUAGGAUCUCCAACGACUUCAAAGGCCUGGAGUCAGACCUGAGUGUGCGGCUGCAUGGCCAGCAUCUUGCCCAGGAGCUGGUCCUGACCACAGUGAGGGGCUACUUAGAGCUGCCCCGGCCAGACAAGGCCCUGGCCCUGUCGUUCCAUGGCUGGUCUGGCACAGGCAAGAACUUCGUGGCACGGAUGCUGGCAGAGAACCUGUACCGGGACGGGCAGCGGAGUGCCUGCGUCCAGGUGUUCAUCGCCAUGCUGCACUUCCCUCACCCCCAGUCUGUGCACCUGUACCAGGAAUGGCUGACAGACCAGGUGAGGAAGACGCAGGCGCGCUGCCACCAGACGCUGUUCAUUUUUGAUGAGGCCGAGAAGCUGCAUCCAGGACUGCUGGAGGCCCUGGGGCCACACCUGGAACGCCAGGCCCCCGACACCCGCGGGGCUGAGUCCCGGAGGACCAUCUUUCUUUUUCUCAGUAACCUUGGGGGCAAUGUCAUCAAUGAAGUGGUCCUGAAUCUGCUCAAGGCUGGACGGGCCCGGGAAGAAAUUCGGAUGGAACACUUGGCGCCCCGCCUGCAGGCUGAGAUUGUAGCAUCCACAGACAGUGGUUUUGGCCACAGCCGUCUUGUGCAGGAAAACCUGAUUGACUUCUUUGUCCCCUUCCUGCCGCUGGAGAAACAGCACGUGAGGCUGUGUGCACGGGAUGCUUUCCUGAGCCAGGAGCUCCUGUACACAGAAGAGGCCCUGGACGAAGUCGCCAAGAUGAUGGUGUAUGUCCCCAAGGAAGAACAAAUCUUCUCUUCUCAGGGAUGCAAGUCUGUUGCCCAGAGAAUUAACUAUUUCCUGCCUUGAGGGCUAGCUGGAAACUUCCCGAAGCUGCCUUCCUUCCACUACCAAGACCCUGGGCUGGCUGGUAUCCAGCACUAACAGUGUAAAGGAAGCCAGAGCCAGUCCUUACAAUCACUUGGUGCCUUACAGAGCCACACUCCAAAACGCGGGCCAGGGCCGCAGGCAGAGAGAAACCCACCCCCAGUUUUGCCUGCAGACGCUUGGACUUGGGUGUUUGGGCCUGAGGCUGCAGGAUCCUCUGACAAGGAAGGGAAAAUGAAAUUCUGCUCUCCGGUGGCAGGAGGUACGCCUUGGGGGUGCAGGUGGGUUAGUUUGCAAGUUGUCAUUCCCAGAGGAAAGCUGGGCAGCUUCUAUCUGGGCAGAAGAUCAGCAAAGUGCCUCAGGCUGAAGAAAAAAGUUCACAGAAUAAUUCUUUUAAAAAAAUCAUGUCAGUGUAGGCUAAGAUUUGUUCUGCUCUGUAGAGUAAACUGUUUUAAAGUUAGGGCCUUGAUAUGAUGUCAUAAGUAAACAUUAAAAUUUUAUAUUUUUCUAAAACCUUCAGCCCCCUUUCUUAAUGAGACCUAGCAAUCCUGCUCACUCAGCAGAAUUCCAAAUG